AUUCUUUUUCCAUGAAAGUGGAUUCUAAAUGAACUCGGGGCUCAAAAGCAUUAACAAUUAAAGCAAAUGAUGACCUAACAAAGCAAGCCAUUGAUGCACCAUGCUCGUGCUUUCAGUUUCAUUUGGGCUUUGCUUUCGCCACCACUCCAUCCUCCUCAAAUAUACACACACAUAUAUAUGUACAUUUAAUAUGUACUCCCUCCAUCAAUCUCUUCUUCAGCUUCCCAAGCUUAAAAAAUGGAGAAACAAUAUUUUCUUGUGAUUCUCCUUAUCACGCAGUUCUCCGUCUUGGCCACCUCGCUCAACGUCCCUGCAAUCUUCACAUUCGGGGACUCCAUUUUCGACGCAGGCAACAACCAUUUCAACAAGAAUUGCUCUGCACAGGCUGAUUUCCCACCUUACGGCUCCACCUUUUUCCAUUAUCCCACUGGAAGGUUCACCAAUGGUAGAACAGUUGCAGACUUCAUCGCACAAUUCAUCGGCAUUGAUUUGCAGAAGCCAUUUCUUGAGGUAGACAUCGCUGUCAAGAACGGAAGCAGAAGGGAUUACCCAUCUAACGGCAUAAACUUUGCUAGCGCAGGAAGUGGUGUGCUAAGAGACACAAACAAAGAUUGGGGAGUGAUACCGAUUCAAGAACAACUACAGCAGUUCCAAACAUUGGUGAACCAAAACAAGAUCCACAGAGACCUUGUCGGGAAAUCUAUGUUCUUCUUGGAAUCUGGAUCGAAUGACAUCUACAACUACUUCCUGCCGUUUGACCCGCCCAGUCUGGACCCAGAUGCCUACGUGGAAGCCAUGUUAGUGGAAGUUAGGAAGUUGGUUGACGAAAUUUACAAGCUGGGUGCCCGGCGCAUUGCGCUGUUCUCGCUUGGUCCGGUGGGUUGUGUCCCAGCCAGGGCGCUGUUGCCUGAUGCGCCGACCGAUCGGUGUUUCGAGAAGAUGAAUUUGAUGGUUCGUAAGUAUAACAUGGGACUAGAAGCCAUAGUUAAGAAUGUACCGGUUAAGUAUGCUGGUACUACCGCUGUCUUUGGAGCUGUAUACGACGUCGUUCAGAGGUUUAGAGCAUUCCCUGCACGUUAUGGACUCUCUGAUGUGUCAAGAGCAUGUUGUGGUGAUGGAAUUCUUGGAGGACUGUUACAGUGUGGAAGAGAAGGUUACAAGAUUUGUACAAGUCCUAACAAGUACCUCUUUUGGGAUUACUUUCAUCCUACCGAACACACGUAUAGUCUCAUUUCAAAGGCCUUGUGGGGAGGCAAGAUUACUGAAAUCAGACCAUUCAACCUCAAGACACUUGCCAAUGUCAAUGUUCAUCUCUAAGCUCGCCACAUUUGUAAUUUUAUCAAGAAAAUGCAGUCACGUAAUGCAUCAAAACUAAACUAAAGGGGUAAGAUAAGAUCGUGUGGAUCAAACUUUUAAUAUGGUGAUGAAUUUAAACCGUGAAAAGAUUAAGCAAUAAAUAAAUAUUAAACUCUGAUAUAUUUUUAAGAUUUGUAAACAGUUCCCACCAUAAUUGACUGUGUCCUGGUGUGAAUACGAGGAUGGAGUCGGUCUUUUAGCCGACUUGCGCGUAACCGAGAAAACUAAUUAAACACACUCGCUGUCAAAUUAAACUCCAAUUUACAAAAAAGAAGUGGAAGAAAGGUAGCCGACCCCACACGCAAAUUACAGCCAGACACAUUGGAUGACAAGCACCUCCAUCCCACUUUCCUUUCUUUUUCCCUGUUCUUCUUUGAUUGUGUGCUAGCUAGCUAGGAAUCGUUGUUGCCUAAUUUACGCGUCUCUUUCUCGUCAUCCAAACACUAAUUUUCACAUUUCCCAUGCACCCUCUAACACUUUCCUAAUUUAUUUAUUCAAACUCCAUGAUUGACUAACUCUCCCUCUCUCUCUCUCUCUUUAUGUGUAUAUAUAUAUAUAUUAUACUAACAACAUUCUUGAACCUCGAUAGAAACAUCUAUUCUGCUCUCGUCGAUAUCUGCUAUAUAUGCUUGUAAAUCUUACACAUACAACUUCUGUAAUAGAGUCAAUCCAAAAUGGGGAAUUACGUUUCGUGCACUUUGGCUGCUCCUUUGAUCAAGAAUGGCAAAGCGGCAAGAGUCGUGCUUCCCGGGGGGGAAAUCCGGCAGUUCAGGGAACACGUGAAGGCCGCCGACCUCAUGCUCGACUGUCCCAAUUUCUUCUUGGUCAACUCCCAGUCUCUCCACAUCGGCAGGAGAUUCUCCGCUCUCGCCGCCGACGAGGAGCUCGAGUUCGGUAACGUCUACGUCAUGUUCCCGAUGAAAAGAGUCAACGCAGUGGUCGCGGCGGCUGAUAUGGCUGUGCUUUUUAUGGCGGCUAACUCUGCUGCCAAGCGGAUAUCCGGCGGAAAGGCCAGAGUCUUGCCGGAGUCCGGCGGGGGUGAUGAGAAGACAUCGUCGAAGGAAAGUGAUCGGAUUGAUAGCGACGAAAGUGGAGGUGAAGGGUCAAGAUUGAGUUUGGAAGGUGUUGACGAUGGAUUUCCUUUGCCGGAGUUGAAGUACAGGUUAGCUCUGUGUAGAUCGAGGAAGCCAUUGUUGGAGACCAUAAAAGAAGAGCCUGUUUCUUCGAGAUGAGAUCGUGGCCGUUGAUCCGCUAGGUAGAGACGAGAGACAUUAGCUCUUCUCUUUGAUUUUUGGUCUUCCAAUUAUUUUGACCCAUUAAUAUUUUUGUGGGUGAAUAUUCAUAAUUCAAACGUAUAAUUUUAGUAGAAGAAUGAAAUCAACUCCUAUUCAUGA